UUCCACAUGCCUGGAAGGUCACCUGACUGUGCUUUAUGCACUUGCCUCUCUCUCUGACCCUAAUAUAUAGCUUUAUGUGAUGUAUUUAUAGUGUAAUGGUGGCAGGAGAGCUGUGGCGGCCGUCUGGAGGUGAACUCUACCACAAAAUAUUAAUGUUAAGUAAGGAUUGAAGAUACUUAAACUACAGACAUGGCAGAUGGAGAGGUUACGAGUGUUGUAUCAGACGCCAAUGGUGCAUCUCCUAAAGAAGAAAAGAAAGAGAAACGUACUGGUUCUCGAGGUGGAAGAGGUGGGGCUAGAGGAAGAGGAACCUUCAAAGGAAGAUCUGAUUCAGAUGACCUGAGAGAAAAGGACCCCUGUGGUGUAUUCCUCUUCUUUCCUAGCGUCAUCACUGCUGACAUAGCUUCAGAAUUAUUGAGGGUUGGAAAAAUUGCUACUGAAAUAAGAUUAGGAAAGAUGUGCUACAUGAAUUUUGCAACUGAAGAUGAAGCCACAAAGAAGAAGAAAGAAUUGUCAGACAUGGACUUUGAUGGUGUGAAGCCACAUAUUGAUUCUGCCUUCAAGCAGCGGGAUUCUAACAAACAGAAUUCCAAUGAAGAGACAGAGGCAGCACCAUCCAAGAAUAAGGAGAGGGAGAAAGAUCCAUGUGGGAUUUUCAUCUUCUUCAAAAAUAUUAUCACAUCAAGCCCGGCUGCAAAGUUAUUGGUAGUUGGUAAAAGUGCAACUCAAAUUAGAUUUGGCAGAAUGUGCCAUAUGAAUUUUGCAACAGAAGAUGAGGCGGAAGAAAUUAAAAAACAACUAAUGGAAAUGGAAUUUGAUGGACUAAAGCCACAUGUUGACUCUGCAUAUAAACAUCGAAGCAGGGAUGGUGUCAAACAAGAAAAACGUGUUGUGGAUGAUGAUAUUGAAGAAUCCCACACCAAUAAAAAGACUAAGGAAGAUGAAAAGGGUGAAAAUGAAGAUGAAAAUAAUAAGGAAGAAAUAGAAGAAAAUGAGGAUACUAACAAUGAUGCUGUUAGUGAAUAAGAAUAUGAUGGUGAACUAUUAGAAUUCCUAAUUUAAUGACUUUACAAACUUUUUUUAUUGUAGGCAAUGUAUCCUAGCAAAUUUUAUACUCGGUCAUUAUAGGUUGAUGAGAAAUGUAGAAUUUUGACAACAUUUGUUUAAAGUUAUAGGCAUCAAGGAAUGAGUGUCAGCAAAAGAAUUUAUUUUUCCACUCCACUGUGUCUUCUUCAGUUAAGUACUGAACAUGUGUGUAAUAUGAAAUUUAUGGUUAGUCAUUUGGAUUUUAGAAAGCAGUUAGUCCUUGUCUGCUAAAGCUUAAGUGUUAAAUUUGUGACAGUACAAUGUAAUAUUAAAUUUUCUUAUCUAGUAGGUUGAAAACCUAUCAGUUGAUAUUGCAUGUCAAGUCAGCAGGAUAUACAGUAUUUUCAGCUUUUCUUUUGGUGUGUUUUAUGUUGAUCUCAUUUUGAAUAACCUAUGGCACAAAAGCCCCUUGACUCAUUUGCUGUAACUCAUGUCACAGUAUGUUAAAUAAUCUUAAGCUCAUGUCAUUUCCAUGCAUCGUAUCAUAGCUCAUUUUGUUCUUAUUGUUAUGGAUGUAAACAGUACCUAUAUCUAAAUAAACAAACACUCCCAUACAUCAAACACCAAUUAUAAUACUACAACACAAUUACUGAAUUUGUUUAAUUAUUAAACUUGAAACUUUUAAACAUUUAAAUAAUUUUUGCCCACAGAGAUUACACUUUAUUGUUAGAUACAUUGUUAACAAUGGAAAGGAUGUCAUAGGCGUGAAACUGCUAACCUGAAUGAGGCCUCCAACAUAUUCAGAAAUGCAAUAUUUAAUGUAGCUAAACUAGAAAACUAGUAAAUAUUUAUUCUUGUAAUUGAUAAAUGUAUUAAUACUGUAAUUAGCUGUCAUAUCAGUAUCUUGCAGUGUUAGCAUUUUUCAGCUUUGAAUAAUGUAAAUUCUUCUGGAAAUACACUAAUUUUCUUGUUUAAAGCUUUUUGUAAAUUUAAACUUAUUUGCUGCAUCAUCCUCUAGUCACUUGUGACUAGUAAUACACACACACACACACAAGGAAAAUUUUGGUAGCAAGUCAAAUUAGUAUUUUAUAGAUUUCCAAUGAUUUACAGUUUAACCAUUCAUUAAAAUAAAAAAAAUCAUUAAAUACUAUAGUAC